CAUGUCCGACGCUCAGCGACCCCAUGGACUGCAGCCUUCCAGGCUCCUCCACCCAUGGGAUUUUCCAGGCAAGAGUACUGGAGUGGGGUGCCAGUGCCUUCUCCGGAAAGCUUGUCCUGCGGGCUAUUAAUUCUCAGGCCUGUCUACCUCUUGGUCACUACGCGGUGAUCAAUAAAUAUAAGAGGAAGAAUAGCCAGCGAAGUUCUUUCAGAGUGGACGUUACACUGCAACUGCAGGCCUGGAGCUGUGCUUGGACUGAAAACCCUUUAAAAAGCCCAGGACCACUCAGACCCUGGCAGGCUCCGCCCACCCCGCGCCGAGACCGGAAGGGAGCGUCAGGGGCGGGGCGGGCUUCCGGGGACGGGGCGGAGCCGGCGUUGGUUGGCCGGCUGCAGCCGGAAGUCGGGAGGUUUGGGGUCCUAAGACGCCGGCCUGUGACAGGGGAGAAGGAGGCCUGCGAGAAGCUUGCCUCUCCGUCCCUUGGCUCCCGGGGACCCUCGGAAAAAUCCAGUGCCCCGACCCUGCGGCCGGCCCCUUCCCCUAGGCUCUCUCCGUUCGAUUUCGCCACCGCUAUGUGGGAAGCGAAUCCGGAGAUGUUUCACAAAGCAGAAGAAUUCUUACCCAAGACGACAGACAGCGAGGUGGAUGAGAUGGACACGUCAGACACACAGUGGGGCUGGUUUUACUUGGCGGAGUGCGGCAAGUGGCACAUGUUUCAGCCGGAUACCAACAUUCAGUGUUCAGUUAGCAGUGAAGAUAUCGAAAAAAGCUUCAAAGCAAACCCUUGUGGCUCCAUUUCUUUUACCACUUCCAAAUUCAGCUACAAGAUAGACUUUGCAGAAAUGAAGCAGAUGAACCUCACCACGGGGAAGCAGCGCUUAAUAAAAAGAGCCCCCUUUUCCAUCAGUGCUUUCAGUUACAUCUGUGAGAACGAGGCCAUCCCCAUGCCGCCACACUGGGAGAACGUGAACACCGAGCUGCCCUACCAGCUUAUUCCAUUGCACAAUCAGACACACGAAUACAAUGAAGUCGCUAGUCUCUUUGGGAAAACAAUGGACCGCAACAGAAUUAAAAGGAUUCAGAGAAUUCAAAACCUAGACUUGUGGGAGUUCUUCUGCAGGAAAAAGGCUCAGCUCAAGAAAAAAAGAGGCGUGCCUCAGAUUAAUGAACAAAUGCUCUUCCAUGGCACCAGCAGUGAGUUCGUGGAGGCGAUUUGCAUUCACAACUUUGACUGGAGAAUCAACGGCCUCCAUGGUGCCCUCUUUGGAAAAGGAACCUAUUUUGCUCGAGACGCUGCUUACUCCAGCCGCUUCUGCAAAGAUGACGUAAAGCAUGGAAACACGUUCCAGAUCCACGGGGUCAGCCUGCCGCAGCGGCAUCUGUUCCGAACACACAAAUCCAUGUUUCUCGCUCGAGUGCUGAUUGGAGACUACAUAAAUGGAGACUCCAAAUAUAUGCGCCCUCCCUCCAAAGACGGCAGCUAUGUAAACUUGUAUGACAGCUGCGUGGACGACACCUGGAAUCCCAGGGUCUUUGUGGUGUUCGACGCCAACCAGAUCUACCCCGAGUACCUGAUAGACUUUCACUGAUUUCACAUCCAAGUCUCCGCGGUUGAGGGAGCUAUAUUCUUUUUUGCAGGGAGGUCUGCGCACCGAUCAUCUGGCCACUCAGUGUUAAUGCUCUGAUCCCUCUGAAGCAGAAAGAGGCCUCUCUAUAAAAAGACACACUGACUUUA